GGAACAACCGUUGCUGUAGAAGUGUUCAAACUUGAGCGCCAGGGGGCUUCCAAGAGUUUCGUUGCUGAAUGUGAAGCUCUAAAGAAUGCUAGACACAGGAAUCUUGGGAAGAUAGUAACAGCUUGUCCAAGCAUGGAUUAUCAUGGGAAUGAUUUCAAAGCUCUCAUUUUACAGAGAAGUGAUGACCUUCCAAGAAGCUUGAGUUUCCUCGAAAUACUAAAUAUCGCGACUGAUGUAGCUUCAGCACUUGACUAUCUCCACCACCAAUGCCAAAUGCCCAUAGUUCAUUGCGAUGACAAACACUCUUUUGCAAGGCAGUCUAGCUCGGUUGGAGUGAGGGGAACUGUUGGCUAUGCUCCUCCAGGUAUAAAUUUCCCUGGUACCUGA